GAGUGCCUUGUGGCUGUAAUGGCUGCCCCCGGCCGUCGCGGGACUAGGCUAGUUCGCGCGGUGGUGGGAGUUUGGCAGCAGGGCCCCGAAGCCACAAGGGACUGGGUGAGCCGCCUCCCCUCGUUCUUGGGUUAUCAGCGGAGGUCUGUGUCUUGUGUCGCAGCCGCCGCUUUCUCUGGCCCACGCCUGUCCUCGGCCUCUCGCUGUUAUGGCCAGGGCUCUGCCUUGGAUCGCUUCCUCGGACUCGCUCAGCCAGACAAUUCCCUGACUCCUUGUGCCCCCGCGGUGUCCAUACACAGAGAUGAGCAGGAUCUCCUCGUGGUCCAUCAUCCUGACAUGCCUGAGAACCCCCGGGUCCUGCGAGUGGUCCUCCUGGGAGCCCCAAAUGCAGGGAAGUCAACACUCUCCAACCAGCUGCUAGGCCGAAAAGUGUUUCCUGUCUCCAAGAAGGUGCACACCACUCGCUGCCAAGCUCUGGGAGUCAUCACAGAGAAGGAGGCCCAGGUGAUUCUGCUUGACACACCUGGCCUCAUCAGUCCCAGUAAACAGAAAAGGCACCAUUUGGAGCUCUCUUUGUUGGAAGAUCCAUGGAAGAGCAUGGAAUCUGCUGAUCUGGUAGUGGUUCUUGUGGAUGUCUCAGAUAAGUGGACUCGAAACCAGCUUAGCCCCCAAGUGCUCCAGUGCUUGACCCAGUUCUCCCAGGUCCCUAGCAUCCUUGUCAUGAACAAGGUAGAUUGUCUGAAGCAGAAGUCAGUUCUCCUGGAGCUCACAGCAGCCCUCACUGAAGGUGUGGUCAAUGGGAAGAAACUCAAGAUGAAACAGGCCUUCCGCUCACACACUAGCACUCAUUGCCCCAGCCCAGAAGCUAAGGGCCCAGACACACAGCCUGUUGGAGGCCUUCAGAAGAUUGGCUGGCCCCACUUCCAGGAGAUCUUCAUGUUAUCAGCCUUAAGCCAAGAGGAUGUGACAGUGCUGAAGCAAUACCUCUUAGCACAGGCCCGGCCAGGGCCCUGGGAGUUCCACAGUGGAGUCCUUACUACCCAGACGCCUGAGGAGAUCUGCACCAACAUCAUCCGGGAGAAGCUCCUUGAGUACCUACCCCAGGAGGUGCCCUACAAUGUACAGCAGAAGACUGAGAUGUGGGAGGAAGGGCCAAGUGGCCAGCUGGUGAUCCUCCAGAAGCUUCUGGUCCCCAAAGAAUCUCAUGUGAGAAUCCUGAUUGGUCAAAGGGGGCAACUGAUCACCCAGAUUGCAAAGGAGGUGGGCCGUGAGCUCAUGGAUAUCUUUCUCUGUGAUGUUCAGCUCCGCCUCUCUGUGAAGCUCCUCAAAUGA